UGAAAUUAAAGAAUAAUAGUGUGAUACUUAGAGCCGAAGAGACUUGGGAAAGAUUUGAACCUGUGAUAUUGGAACCAAGAAAAAUUAAAAAAUAAUAAUAAUAAUAAAUUAAAAAAAAGGCAGAAAAAAAAAAGCAUGCCCCACCAAAGAGGCCCAUUGCUUUGGACAAUUGCAAUCUUUGCUUUGAACACAAUCUGUUUGACGAAAAUGGCCAAAGAAGUUCACCAUCACCAACAUCUCCAACUGGGUCUCUGUCUCUCUCCUCAGUCCAGUCCCUUAACCCCACCUUCCUUUUUUCUCUCCCUUGACAUUCCAUUUUCUUCUUCUGGGUUAUUAUCCUCUAUCCAUGGACCGAGGUGACAAGCCGCACCCGCAGCUCUCUCUGGCUAAGAGUUCGCGGCAGCGGUGCAGUGAAUGGAUUUUUCGGGACGUUCCAAGCGAUAUUACUUUAGAAGUGAAUGGAGGGAUAUUCUCAUUACAUAAGUUUCCUCUUGUCUCUCGAAGUGGGCGAAUCCGGAAGUUAGUUGCAGAGCAUAGGGAUGCUGAUAUCUCAAAAGUGGAGCUUCUUAAUCUACCAGGGGGUGCUGAAGCAUUUGAGUUGGCAGCAAAAUUCUGUUAUGGUAUUAACUUUGAAAUUACAUCUACAAAUGUUGCCCAGCUGUGUUGCGUUUCUGAUUACCUGGAAAUGACCGAAGAAUUUUCAAAGGAUAAUCUUGGUUCUCGUGCUGAAGAGUAUAUUGACAGCAUUGUUUGCAAGAACCUUGAGAUGUGUGUUGAAGUUUUACAGCAAUGUGAAAACUUGCUACCUCUUGCUGACGAGCUGAAAAUUGUUAGCCGCUGUAUUGAUGCAAUAGCAUCAAAGGCUUGUGCAGAGCAAAUUGCUUCAAGCUUCUCGCGCUUGGAGUAUAGCAGCUCAGGAAGACUUCACAUGAACAGGCAAGCCAAAUGUGAAGGGGAUUGGUGGAUAGAAGAUCUUUCUGUUCUUCGGAUUGACUUGUAUCAAAGAGUCAUAACAGCGAUGAAGUGUCGUGGAGUCCGCCCUGAGAGCAUUGGUGCAUCCCUUGUGAACUAUGCCCAAAAGGAGUUAACAAAAAAAUCCAGCUUGUGGAACCCAUCUAGCCAGACAAAAGUUGAUUUACUUGCAGGUUCAAAUGGGCAUGAAAAACUUGUGGUUGAGACAAUUGUCAGCCUUUUGCCCGUUGAGAAGCUUGCGGUCCCUAUCAAUUUUCUUUUCGGGCUUCUGCGAAGUGCAAUAAUGCUUGAUUGCACGAUUGCUUGCAGGCUUGAUCUGGAGAGAAGGAUCGGAUCCCAGUUGGAUAUUGCUACACUUGAUGAUAUUCUGAUCCCAUCUUUCCGACAUGCUGGUGAUACUUUAUUUGAUGUUGAUACAGUGCAUAGGAUUUUGGUAAAUUUUUCUCAGCAAGAUGAUAGUGAAGAUGAUAUGGAAGAUGCCUCUGUUUUUGAAUCUGAUAGUCCUCAUUCACCUUCCCAAACUGCGUUGUUUAAAGUUGCAAAGUUAGUAGACAAUUACCUUGCAGAAAUUGCACCCGAUGCCAACCUCAAGCUUGCCAAGUUCAUGGUGAUUGCAGACGCUUUACCUGCGCAUGCGCGUACUGUUCAUGAUGGGUUAUAUCGAGCGAUUGACAUAUACCUGAAAGCACAUCAAGGUUUGUCAGAUACAGACAGGAAGAAACUCUCCAAACUGAUUGAUUUCCAGAAGCUCUCCCAAGAAGCUGGUGCACAUGCUGCACAAAAUGAGCGUCUUCCGCUCCAAUCAAUAGUGCAAGUGCUCUAUUUUGAGCAAAUAAGGCUCCGGAACGCCUUGUGCAGCUCUUAUGGAGAUGAAGACCCCAAGCCAAUGCACCAGUCAUGGCGAAUCAGCAGUGGCGCUCUAAGUGCGGCAAUGUCUCCACGAGACAACUAUGCAUCGUUGAGGCGUGAAAACCGUGAGUUAAAACUUGAACUAGCUAGGUUGCGGAUGAGACUCAAUGAUCUAGAAAGAGAACAUGUUUGUAUGAAGAGGGAUAUGGAAAAGUCUAACUCUCGUAAAUUUAUGAGUUCUUUCUCUAAAAAAAUAGGUAAGCUGAGUUUCUUUGGACAUAGUUCUUCAAGGGGAUCAACUUCUCCAUCAAGGCAUUCGUAUAGAACUGAUUCUAAGGUAAUUGAGAGAACGUGUGCAAGCACAGAAUAGGUAAUAUUAAUUUACAGUACCAGGAAUUUUUUCAGUGUUUUGUUGAAUAGCUGCAAGUCAUGUUUAUGGUGACCCUUUUUUCGUAUGUGCUUUUUUUUGUUUCCCUUUUUUGGCCACCUUGUAAAUGAGACGUGGUGCUUUGAUUUAGCAAUAGUUGGAGAUCUUCUUGGUUGCAAGUGAUGCUUUUGGGUGCAUCUGCCUGUGAUAUUGUUUUAAAUUUUUACAUCUUCAAUAUAAAAUCUUGACGUGAAGUUCCAGAAAUGCUUAGUUACCAAUAAUAUUUAUUGACACGUUGAAUUCAUAACAAUAGAUUUUGAGGUUCCAAUUCUUGUUUGAAACUUGAGCUUUAUGCAAAACCGGUGUCAUUUUUUGUUCCUUUCUGUGCAUUUUGUGAUUAACCCCCGGGUCAUGAUCAUUACUGUGCCUAACUGACCCAUAGGAAUUAUAAUUCUCAAAACUCAAUAAACUUUUCUCUUUUCCUACGUAUUCAAACUUGGAUGAAAAGCAAAAAUGUGAAAAAGAGUCCAAUGGUAGUUACUGAUCAAUGGUUAAAAAUUUAUAUUAUCUCUCAAAGAAUCAUUCCCUCAAAUUAAUGUUGCCAAAAAGAAGUUUUUGACAUUUGAGCAGCGGCUUCAGGUCAAUUAACGACGACACUUCAGCCAGUGUUGGUGUCGGGGAGAGAGUCCAACAUAUACAACAAACCAUGAAAAAUUAGUAGCUUAUGCAGCCAAGGUAGGGAGGAAUCAAUAUAAGAUGGCAUAGUUGAUCAGAUACAGAGUCUCUCAAGCUCCAAAAAAUGGAAAAUCCAUCAUAUUCUGCAGCUCAGCACACGAACUGUAUGUUUCUUGACUUGUUAGCAAUGCUUUUCCGCUUCUCAGCAAUAUUUGGCAAGUGGAAAGUCACUCUAAGAGAGAGUGACUUACGAACACUGUCUGGUUUCCUCAAACAGGACUUUAAAGCUCUAGACUGUGCAGAUGAAUCUCCAUCUACUCCUAAUACUAGUUUAGGCCCUUCCUCGCUAAGUUUAUCGAAACUACUGCUUUGUUCAUAAUUAGCUUGCCAAGCUCUCUUCUCCAUCAUAGUCCAUACCAGAGACUCAUUGCUUUCCAAUUCUCGGUAAGUGUCUCUGUAUUUGGUAGUAACCACCUCAGGACAAGACUCAUCUUGGGAAUAUCGCUUCUUGAGCCGUCUAGGAUCACAGCCAACUGGUUCGAGAGGACUGUGAGCACCGGUACAGGACAUGAAGCCUCUGUUUAUGACCCUGUGCUUUGGAGUCAUCCCGGCACAGGACGUGGUCGGAGAAGAAGUGUGUUUGGAAGUUGUCGGGCGUGUUCGGGAGAGGUUGCUUGGUCGGGAAGGAAGAGAAGGAGGUCGGUUGCAUUGGCCGCCAGCUUUCUUCAUUGAGUCGUAGAUAGUGUGGAUAGGAACUAUGUAAUAGACUCUUCCUGGAGUCAAAACCGACUCUGGUUUAACCACAAUCCAUGGAAACUCAAAGAAGUCAGGGCGAGUGAUGCAGUGUCUUGGGUUCUUGUUCAUCACCUCGGAAGCAGUAAUGGGUUCCUUGAGAAUCUCAACAUGUCGACCAGGAUGAACCAGUUUCACUACAUCUUCUUCCUUUGCCAUAGAUACCAUUUUUUGAAGUAGAUUGGUAUCUCGUAAAACUAAGCAAUUGAAACCAGAGGGAAUGCAAAGUAGCCAAAUUUUGUUCUUA